UUGUACAAUUUCUGAGUGUCUGAUGCCAUCACGUGAACUAUGUGGGCUCCUGCAAGCUUGUGCACAUAUACACAUAAAACACUUAAAAAUGUUACAGGAGUGUGAACAGUUUGCCAGUGGCUACUCUGCUGAAGAAAAUCUCCCUCAGUAACUCUUUAAUUGCCUGCCUGUAAAUCCUCAAGGAGUGACAGGGCAUCAUGAACUUUCCCUCACUCUGACAGGAUAUGGUAGGAUCCAAUCUUGUGCUGGUCAAUGGGUAGUGUCACUGCUCUAGAGGUGGUGGGAUCUGAGAGAAUGGAGCCGAUAAAUGAGACAGGACAAUUAUGCUCCAAGGCUCAUAAUCACAUGAGUAAAGUUCUGACUUCACACCCAUUUGUAUAUACUCAAAAUGAUGAUUUGUGUGUGGCAAAAGACGUUUUUUUCCAUAGACAGUAAAUAUUUCAUUGAAGAACAGCAGCAAGCAAUAAUGAGGGAUCCAAUACACCUGGGAGGCACAUGGAACUAACUAUUCCAAGAACAGUUUCUCGUUUUGAAGAAACCGAGUUCACAAUUCUUGAUUUCUUGGACUGUGUUCUCACCACAUUCAGAAUUGUGAUAAAACUGCACACCUGGACUGUGUUCCAACAGGUAGUUGAGUAAAAAGUUCAUGUUAGGAAGAUCAUGAGUUUGAGGCCAGUUGCACUAAUUAUAACGAGACAUCCAACAACAAAAAACCCAAACAAACAACCUUGGAAACAGACAACAUAACCCAGACUGGCCAUGAGAUCCCUGUGUCCCAAAAGGAUAGUCCUCACCUCCAUUCUGCUUUUGCCUCCUGGAUCCUGGGAUUACAGGCUUGUGCCAGUGUCUAGCUACUAGAAAUGAAUAAACCAUUGUAAUUGGAAAUAUAUAUAUUUAUAGUAAAAAAGAAGGGCUGGAGAGAGAGUAGCAGUGAAGAACAGGACCUGAAUUCAGUUCUCAGCACUCAACCUGUGUCUCAUAACCAUCCACAAACAAUACCAAGGGGUUUAACAUUCACGUGUGUAUGUAAAACAUUGGUACAAAGUCAAAUCUAGAAAAAUUUUAAAAUGAAUUUUUUUAUAGUUGCUUUUAUUUUAUGUUCAUUGGUGGUGUGUCUGCCUGUAUGUCUGUGUGAAGGUGUUGGAUCCCCUGGACAUGGAGCUACAGGAAGUUAUUAGGAGACUUGCCAGUCCCCAGUGCCCUCAUUCUCAAGGACUCACUAGCCGGACCAAAUAGCUCAGAUACAGGUAAUUUACCAGCUCUCCCUGACACAGCUUCUUCCAACUUAGGUCAUCCAUGGCUGCUUGCUAGGGAUCAUGGCUUCUCCGAUUCCUUUGGAUGGCAGGAUGGAAUUGAUUUGAAGGGACAAAUGAGAACAAUGGCAGGGGCGGGGUGGUAAGCUUUAUUUUGGGAAGGGGUAGGGAAUUAAUACAGGAGGAGAUGAAGGAAGGACAAUUAAAACAUUUGAGAAAGCCAUAAGGAAAUCAUUCUAUAACUAGAUUUACAUAUAAUAGAGAGUAUAUAUGCAUACAUACCUAUGCCACUGGAGUGAUAAUGGUCUCCAUAAGAGUCAAAAUAGAAAAGCAAAUAAUAAACUCAGUACCACGUAUGAGAAAUGUCCUUUCAAGUUGUUGGUCAGGUGAAUUUAAGAGACUCCAAAAACAAUUUAGGCUAUUGCUGGUGCCCUUAGUUGCCUCUCAGAAAUUGAAGGUCAGCCCCUAUUAAUAGCUGAAGACAUCACACAUUUAGAAUUCAAGGAGUUGUCUUAUCUGACCAAUAAUCCCAGUGCUCAAGAGGCAGCAGUUUGAUGAAGUUCAGCCUUUGCUGAUGUGAUAUGUCUCAGAAAGCCAAAACAUCAACAAGAACCCCUGCCAAAGAAAAAAAGCAAAACAACACACUAAAAGUAUUUAUGCAGUCUGGGUUGUUUCUUUUCAGAAAUUCGGUGUUACUUUAUGCUGAACCUUUCCUAGUUUAAAUUUCUUAUUCUAGAUUACUUGGCAUAUUCCACUUAAACGUCGAUGCUUUAUUGUUACCAACUAAAAUGGUUAGGAUUAAUAAAACAUUGCUAACAAAAAAAGUGUUUAAGAUUUUCAAAAGUUUAUAUCAUGCCAAAUCGUAAGAAUUAUUUAAAUGAGGUUUUGUAAAUAUCAGUUUAUGGAUUGGUUGUAGGUAUAAAUACAGAGGCAGUAUGCUUCACUCUGCUUUCCCUUAUGGUUUGCUGGGGGCGGGGAUAAUUAGAACUUUUGCUUCUCACUAGCUUUCAAAACUGAAAGGUGUAAAAGUCUUGUCUUAGGGCCAGCAAAAUGGUUCCGUGGGAAAAGCAGCUUGCUACCACACCUAAGGCCUCAAGUUCUGUCUCUGGAUCCUACACAGUAGAAGGUGAGGACCAACUCCCACAAAUGGUUCUUUGAUUUCUCGAGGGUUCUGUGGCACGAGCACCUGUGGCGUGAACACACGCUAAAUACACUAGUAUGGAUAAUGUGGCUCAACAUGAGUUACCCCAGCAUUUAGCUUACGGCUAGGUAUUUCCGCAGAAUAACCAGACAACCGCAAGUGUGUUGGCGGAAUCUUUGUCGAAUGCUGAGAAAACGUGCCACCAUUGGGUAGGGUGUAGAAGGGUUGAGUGAUAAAUAAGGUCAAACAGCGAGUACCUGUAACAGGCGAGAAACGCUGAGACGCAUUUUGCGCAUGCGUCUCGCUGAGACAGCUAUUGGUUCUCGGCCUUCCAAUCACAAGCGGCGUUCUCCACUCUUGCCCAAUGGAGGCAGGCGCCGAGUUCGGGCCCGCGGAGCUUGAUAGUUGUUGCAGGAGGCGGAAGCGGCCAGCGGGCCCAGGAAGAGCCGUUCGCUCCCUCUGCCGCUCGGGCGGCAGUGCUCGCGCGCCUGGGCGGACGGCGCUUCUGCAGGCUUCCCGGACGCCCUGGCGCCCUGCAAUGCAGCGGGAAGGUACCAUCGAACAAUGUUUCCUUGAACUUGCUUCACCAAUGUCUUUCAUACUGAAUACAUUAAGAAACAUGCUGGCGUAUUUCGGUGUUCCUGUAGAUCAGGAUUUGCUGACUUGGCAAAAUAAAGACUAUGGGUCAGCUCGGAGUAUCAUUCGUAUUAUUGGGAAAAUGCUUCCCUUAGAACCUUGUCGAAGACCUAAUUUUGAGAUGAUCCCACGCUUGAGCUCUGAGGAAUUUGAUGAUUAUGAACCUAUGGUUCCAUCUUUUGCUGACGUUUUGUGUGUGGCAAAUGAUGAAGAAGCCGGUUAUCUCAGAUUUCGACAUAGUCUAUGGAAAAAGGAGGAGGAAGGGAAAAUUGCUCUUUUCCAUUCUCCAAAACUAAUUUGGGAUCCAUCAUCACCUACUCUAAGACAGAACAAACCAGUAGAAAAUGAUCUGCCAGCAAGUGAAGCUGCAAUUAAAAAGAUAGCUGCUCUUGAAGAUGAACUCACUUUUCUUCGGUCUCAGAUCGCUGCAAUUGUGGCGAUGCAGGAGCUGAGAGAGAGUAAAGAGACUGGCAUCUGUGACCUGAGUGAUGAACCCAGCGUGGAACACACACUGCCAUCAGUAGCUGCUGGGCUGAGUGUGGAGGCAGAGCACUCUCCAAGUUCAGUACUUUCCUCUCCUCCUCCACCACCACCUCUGCCUCAGUUGUCUCUCCAGCCAUGCCUUCCUCCCAUGCAGUCUGGGUCUACUAACAGAGACCAUCCAGCAGCUGCAGUGGGAAAGCAGCACUCGGGUGUUCACAAGGCAAAUGGUAGCCAUCAUUCAGAAAGCCAGAGAGUUAGUGACGUUCCAAACAUGUUGGACAUUCUAAAGGACAUGAAUAAGGUCAAACUUCGUCCCAUUGAAAGGUCACCAGGUGGUAGACCCAUUCAGAAGCAGAAAAGACAGAGUUCACAAUGGGAUCCAGUAUCUUUAAUAGCCAAUGCACUUAAGCAGAAGUUUGCAUCUCAAGAUGAUUCCUUUGAUACAGAAAAUAGAUCUUGGGAGUGCUCUCCAUUUUCUAGUCCAGAAACUUCACGGUUUUGAUGUCACAUUUCUCCAACAAAAGGUCAGCGAUCUAAGGGAAGAACUGAUAAUAUAAAAGCAAUUACUGAAGGUCAGAGGUGAAAGCUGUGCCUACGCUUGGGUGGACAGAUCGAGAAAUGCCCUGUGGAUUCCUUCAUUGCCUUGCAGAGAAUCACAACCUCUGUUAGGGAGACUAAGCCAUAUCCUGGGACCUAUCUGUACCCAACCUGAGGAAGAUGUUUAAACAUGCUUGUCCCUGGUUUUGGAAGUCUAAUAGUUAACUGGCUACUGAAGAGUUGGGUGUAUAGAUUCCCCACUUUAUGUGAGUGCUACUGAAAAUGGAAUGUAUGCUUCAGAGAUUUCCUAAACAACUCUGGCUUCCUCCUUAUGCUCCUAUGUAAGUUGGUAUGAUGUGGUUUAUUUGACCUUCAGCAACUUGGAGAUUUUCAGAGAGCAAAGGAUAAUUCUUUUCAUUAAGAAAGUCAUAGUUUUAGUCAUGUAGGAUUGGACUUUUUAAAACUUACUGAGGUAAUAAAUUAUUUUGACUGCCAAGUGCUAUAAGUAGAAGUAGACUCUUGAAAAAGUUUUACCCACACUGGCUUUGUACAUACACAUGCCUAGCAUGUUUCCAUGCUUUCUAUUACAUUUUCACUGGCUUUGUACAUACGUAUGUCUGGCAUGUUUCCCUUGUUUUCUAUUACAUUUGCACUCUACUUUUUUUGUAAAUAGAUUGUACAAUAAAUGGAUCUUUUGAUCUUGGUUGGCUUUUA